AUGACCAGUCGCUCAUCUGCAUCGACUGAUGACGGCGACGAAUCAUUCUUUGAGCCGGGCGCCCUCGAUACAAACAGAAACUACUUUAUCAACGGCCACGGUAGUGGGGCCAGAAGCAGGCGUCAAAGCAGCGUCGACUGGGCCCCCAGCAAUGGACAUAAUGGCCAUGCGUCAAGCCCAACUGUGACCCCCGCGGCCUUGUCACAGACGCCGUUGCCCGCUGCGCCACCCGCCUGGCGUGGCUCUUGGUCCGUCACCCUUCUCGUCCUCGUCACCGCCGGCCUCGGCGUUGCGAUAUUGUUCGCUAUUCUCAGGUCGCUCCUGAGACACCAUGUCGAACCAAAGGGGUGCCGUAUGUCCUACAUGCGGCCUUCUUACAUGCAUUUCUCCAGCUUUGAUACGGAACACACACGGUUCGCGACCAAAUACUCGCUCUAUCUAUAUCGCGAGCAGGGAAUUGAUGACGACAACAAGUUGCACGGCAUUCCCGUUCUCUUCAUCCCCGGCAAUGCGGGAAGCUACAAGCAAGUAAGACCGAUUGCGGCUGAAGCCGCCAACUAUUUUCACGAUGCUCUUCGGCAGGAUGGCGUCUCGAUGGAAGCCGGAGUUCGGAAUCUUGAUUUCUUCACCGUGGACUUCAACGAGGACAUUACCGCCUUCCAUGGCCAGACGCUAUUGGACCAGGCUGAAUAUCUCAACGAGGCGAUCCGCUACAUCCUCUCGCUGUAUUCCGACCCGCAACGAGCCGACCGAGACUCGCAGCUACCCGAUCCCACAUCCGUGGUCAUCCUCGGCCAUUCUAUGGGUGGCGUCGUCGCGCGCGCCAUGUUGAUCCAGCCCAACUAUCAGCCCAAGUCUAUCAACACAAUCAUCACCAUGUCCGCGCCUCACGCCCGCCCGCCAGUCACGUUUGAUGGACAGAUUGUACAUAUAUAUGAUGAAAUCAAUGACUAUUGGCGGAGUGCCUACGCGCAAAAAUGGGCCAACGACAACCCCUUGUGGCACGUUACUCUCGUGUCCAUAGCCGGUGGCAGUCUCGAUACUGUCGUGCCCUCGGAUUAUGCCAGUCUCGAAUCGCUGGUGCCGGAGACCCAUGGCUUUACAGUCUUCACGACCGGCAUACCAACCGUUUGGACGAGUAUGGAUCACCAGGCGAUCCUAUGGUGUGACCAGUUUCGCAAGGUGGUGGCCCGCGCUCUCUACGACAUCAUCGACGUCAACAGGGCAUCUCAGACCAAGCCCAGAGCAGACAGAAUACGGCUUCUGAAGAGGCGGCUCUUACCAGGCAUCGAAUCCGCUACCGAGAGAACCAUUCUGUCGAGGGAAGCCACAACUCUCCUGACCCUGGGCGACGACUCCAGCCACAUAGUACCGGCCGGAGUCCGGCUGUCCCUGACUGGCUCAGGGAAGCAGACCAAGCCGAAAGCUCACCUGCUUCCUGUGCCGCCACAAGGCUCUCCCGGCGUGAAGCGCUUCACCCUGUUGACCGAUGCCAGUCUAGACGAGGCCGGAGCGAAUGGAAACCUCGAAGUUCUUUUGUGCAGCGUCUUCACCUAUCAGCCUGGUACGACCGGCUCUGCUUUUUCGACCCAUGUUGACUUAUCUGGCGGGAGGGCCUUGACGCGACUGGCUUGUAAGAACACGGUGUCUGACGCUAUCUUCCUGCCUGCAUCUACACCGUCGACUCGGCAUCCUUUUACCCUCGAUGGCGAGCAAGGUACUCGCCCGUUCACGUACCUGCAAUACGAUCCCGAACAUCUCGCGGAGCAUCAGUUCAUCGCAGUCAUCGACAAGGCAGCGUCGUUGCCAUACAACUUCGCCAUGGCUGAAUUCAGCGACCGGGCAGACUUUCAGAAGAAGCACGAGACGAGCCUUGCCGAGAUCCUAACGUUCGGCCUAUCUUUCAGCCUGCCUGCCGACAGACCAAUCGUGAUCGAUGUCAGCAUACCCGCCGUUUCAUCGGCCCUGCUUUCAUUCGACCUGGAAUAUCUGAACAAACCGUACGAGUCCAAGUUCUUCGUUAAUGCCGGACAAGCCAGCGUGAGCUUUCAUGGUGUAGCUCCCUUUGUCCCGCCGCCGUUGGGAUCGAGGGAGAAGACUGGACUUGCCUUCCAAUUCUGGUCCGACCCUGCGUGCGACUGGCCUCUCGAGGUGAGCCUGAGGCUCGAUGUCUGGGGCAGCUUGGGCAAGCUAUACAUACGCUACCGGACUGCGCUCGCCGCCUUCCCUCUACUCGUCGUCACCUUGGUACUUCGGAAGCAGUUCCGCGUCUACGAUGAAACCGGGAUCUUCAUAUCCUUUUCCGAGAGCUUGGACCUGUCGCUGCGGAGGUCCAUUCCGCUGCUGCUGUUGUCACUGACGUUGCUGUCCUCGUCCCUCGGGGCCCUCUCUCUGUUCGGAUUCGGACCGUUUUGGAGUCGGGGAAACACGAGACCGUCUCCGGCAACCGGCUUUCAUCGAAACGAGCUGUUGAUUGGAACCGAAGAUUCUCUCUUUUGCUUUUUGAUUCCGGUCAUAGGCAUCUUUGCCUACCUGGUGGCGUGCCUCGUGCAGAUCUUCACGGUCGUCCGCGCUCUCCGCAUCGGCGCGUUUGCCGCGUUGACACCAAGUCACAACUACUACCACUAUGCCCACUCAAUCCUCCUCUUGAUGAUGUGGGUUCUCCCAGUCAACCUUCCCAUUCUCGCCGUGUGGGUGCGCAACCUUGCCGUCCACUGGCUGACGCCCUUUUCCUCACACCACAAUGUCCUCUCCAUCAUGCCCUUCAUCCUGCUUGUGGAAAACCUUACGACAGGCAGGAUGGUCCCGCAAAUCACCAACUCACUACGCCACGUCACAAAUGUCUUGUUCUUUGGGACUGCUCUCUGUGCCGCUGUUUACGGCAUGUCACAUGCUUACCUUCUUCACUAUUUGGUGAAUGCUGUGGCUGCGUGGCUCGUCGUCCUCCACUCGAUAUCCGGCUCCUGGUCUUUCACUAGCCUCGGCGCCAUGUUCGAGGGAAACGCCAACGAUGCACGGAAGGGGGACAAGACUCCUUGA